AUUGUAGUCUGCUACAGUUUACUUAUUUGCCUUGGUCUGUGUGGUAUUAUAAAAAAUUGAAAGUUUAUGCACUGGACUGUUUCUCCGUGAUGAAAAAUCUAUUUGUAUGUAAGUGUUGUUGAGAAAAUGAAGAAGAAAGUGAAUAGCUUUGUUAAAGUGCAUGGUAAUGGCCAUGCUAAAUGUGUGGCACAGAGCAUCUCAGAUAGUUGGCAAAAAGAAUGUUAUUCCAAUGUGAGGCUCAUUGCCAAGGAUUGUAAACAACCUAAUGGAGAAUCAAAAUUUCUUUCAGCUAACAAGUUUAUUCUUGCUGCUGCCAGCAAGAAGUUUGCUAUGAUGCUUACUGACACUGAUGAAGAUGUCGACAUUAUAGUUCCAGACUAUGAUUUUACUACUUUGAAGCUCCUGCUACAGUAUGUUUACUCUGGAGAGGUGUUUGUUGACUGUUUCACAAAGGACCUGUGUUCACUUAUUGCAGAGUGGGAUAUUUGUAACCCUGAAGUUAUUCCAGUUACAUCUACUGAAAAAAGCAACAGCAAUUCCCAAAAUGUUACGAAAAGUCAAAUUGUACCUGAGAACUCUGGAUAUAACUCUAUCAAGUCUAUCAACAAAAAAACUCCUAACAAGAAAAACCCAACAAUUGUGUCUAACGACAGCAAUAUUGACAAUUACCAACUUGCAGGACCUGAUAAUCAACUACAAAGACAACAACCUAAGGAGUGCAUAGUAACUAGAGCUAAGCAAAAAUUGAAUUCAGGUGAAGAGAAGAUUCCCUUAGUGGACACUUCAGAAAAUCUCUCUGCCGCUGGCACCAAUUCCAACCCUGUAGGGAAAGCACCUAAGAUUCCUGUUCGAAAUAAAAAUAAGAUCCGAACUAAAUCUCUCUCAGCGGCUGCUUCCAUUCCAUCAAGCGGAUACGUCUUUCUAGCGACUUACAUCAAUAAAUCCAAGAACAAGCUGCAUGAAAGAGUAGUGACGUCCAAGACGACAUCCGAAAAGAAAACAGGAUCGGUUGCCCAAGUGUUAGCAGAUGGCGGUUCCACAAAUUCAGUUACGUCACCCUCGGAUGAGAGCGCAGGAAAUAGCAAUGUCGACGGCGAAAAGAGCAACGAAACGAUAGAUUGUAAUACGGGUGGUGAAAAUGCAUCAAAUCGUUCAGACAACCAGGCUGCUGAAGUGGACACUAAGGAUGACCUACAGGACCUUGCAUUAGCCUUAAAGUUCCUGAAGAACGAAAAGACGAGUAAUCAGGAAUUGAAUACUUUAAUGCUGGAUUUAUCAAACGAAGUUCAACGACAUAAGAGUUACGCGAAGCAUUUUCUUGGUUCCGACAGCGUUAAUUCUGAUUCUUCUGGUCAAAUAGCAUCACGAAUUCCUUGUUUGACUUGCGGCAAAAUAGUCUUUCGUGAUUAUAUGUCGACACAUGUAAAAAUUCAUACCACUGAGCGGCCUUAUCUGUGUGAUCAAUGUGGACAAACGUUUUCACUUCCAGAACGUUUAAGAAAUCACUUGAAGAACAUGCAUCCUGAUGAAUCACAAGUGAAACUUCACAUUUGCCCUGAAUGCGGAAAAGUAUUUAAGAAACCUGAAUACCUAAAACGACACCUCACAUUUCAUAACGGGUUGAAGCCUUACAGCUGUCCAUUCUGUGACAAAUCUUUUCGCCUACCUAAUGUCCUUCUUAAGCACAAGCGUACACAUACUGGGGAAAAACCGUAUGAAUGCGAGACGUGUCACAAACGAUUUUCUGCUCGUACAAAUUACGUUGUACAUGUACGGACUCACCGAAAGAAGAGUAGGAUAUUAGAAACAGCGGAAAGUUUUGUUGAUCCUGAAACUCAGCUACUCAAAUGUGAUGUUUGCGACACUACUUUCCACAGAGAAUAUGCCUUCCUUGUACAUAAGGCUGCACACAAGGGCGAAGCGCCAAAAUUGCCUUGUCGACACUGUUCAGAGACGUUAGGCUCAUACAAACUACUGCGGGAGCAUACUCGGGAUCAACAUGCUGAUGCCCUUUAUCGUUGCGAACAUUGCCCUAGCAUGUUCGUCUACAAGACGGCCUUACACUCUCAUCAGCAAGUCCACAUGGAAGGUAAGCAGUUUUCCUGCGACUUGUGUGGAAAAGAAUUCCAGAAAAAAGUUACACUAGACAUGCAUCAUCGCAGCAUUCAUUCGGAUGUUCGCCCGUUCCCAUGCCAUUACUGUGACAAAACCUUCAAAUCAAAACUGACCCAACGCCAACACGAGCGUAUUCAUACGGGCGAGCGCCCUUAUCAAUGUCCUCAAUGCCCCAAAGCGUUCCGUCAAGAUGUGCACCUUGCAAACCAUAUCAGGUUGCAUACAGGCGAGAAACCGUUUGUAUGCACUUAUUGCAAUAAAGCCUUCGCCCAUAAAAACAAUCUUAGCAUUCACAUCAAAAUCCACACUGGGGUCAAGAACAUGUGUAGUGUAUGUGGCAAAGUUUUCCGCACCAUCGUCAAACUGCGUCUUCACGAAAGUACUCAUACUCCAACUAGUAUUCCUUCAGCAGAAGAACAGACGACGGGUGACAUUUCAUAAUCGCAUUUCUUUUGAAUUUUCAAGCUAGUGUGUCAAGUUCCUCAACGAAAGUGCCUGGAAGCUGGAAGAAAAAUUAUCCAAAAAUCCCAUGGUGGUCAUCAAGGUUAAUGUAAAUGAAUUGCUCUUAAUUCAGAUUUUGCAUUGAUAAUAAAAAUACAUCUCACUUGGUACUCACGCACAUGUGUGACUUUACUCAGUGAGUUUAACAUGUGUUUAUAAGUUUUUGUUGUUGUUACCUCAGCCAUUCAGGAUUAUGAUGAAAUAUAAUAAUCAAGACAUUUGAAUUUGUAAAUAAAAUUUGUUUUUUUAUUCUUUAA